AGGCAUUGGUUGUUAUAUCAGAAUCCAAUUAAGCAGGACUAUAUAUGAGUGACCUCCAGCAUACCACCUUAUCUCAACGCUACCUUCCCCAUUUCCUUUGUUUCUCCCACUACUUCCUUGUGUGCUUUUAGAGUUCACUAAUCAUGAGUAGCAUCUCUGUAAGUGAAAAUUUGAAUCUCGAUGAACUCAACGAGGGGUUCAAAAUCGAUAACAAAAGCCUCACUCAACUCAUGAAGGAGAAGAAUCUAAGUCUGCUUCAAGACCUCGGAGGCACUGAUGGCAUUUUAUUAGCUCUUGAAGCUGACAAUGAGCUUGGAAUUCAGGAUGAAAAGGACAACAUUGCUCGCCGCCAUGAAGCAUUCGGCUCAAACACGUAUAGCAAACCACCUUCGAAAAGCCUUUUUCAUUUCAUGUGGCAAGCCGCCAAGGACCUCACCAUUGUCAUCCUUCUGGCCUGCGCUGCUCUUUCGCUUGGCUUUGGCAUCAAGCAAGAUGGACUGAAAGAAGGGUGGUAUGAUGGCGGCAGCAUCUUCAUUGCUGUUGUUCUCAUCGUUGCUAUAUCUGCCUUUAGUGAUUACAGACAGAGCAAGCAGUUUCAAAAGCUGUCCAAAGCAAGUGAUGAUAUUCCAAUCGAUGUUGUAAGAGGUGGAAGAAGACAGAAGGUUUCCAUCUUUGAGGUUGUAGUAGGAGAUGUUGUGUUUCUGAAGAUUGGAGAUCAAGUUCCUGCGGAUGGACUGUUCUUAUAUGGACAUUCAUUACAAGUAGACGAAUCAAGCAUGACAGGAGAGAGUGACCAUGUGGAGGUUGAUAGCAGCAACAAUCCGUUCUUGUAUUCUGGAACAAAAGUGGCUGAUGGAUACGGCAGAAUGCUGGUGACUUCAGUUGGGAUGAACUCAAGUUGGGGCCAAAUGAUGAGAUUCAUCUGCCACGACAACGAUGAGCAGACACCUUUACAAGAAAAGCUUAGUAAGUUCACUCCAUUACUUGCUAAGAUUGGCUUGGCAGUUGCGUUCAUGGUCUUUGUCGUUCUGUUAGCACGCUACUUCACAGGAAACACAAAGAGUGAGAAUGGGAGUUUAGGUAAGUUCAAGAUUGGCAAGACGAGGAUUGAUGAUGUGGUCAAUGCCUUGUUGGAUAUGGUAGCAGUUGCUGUCAUUAUAGUUGUCAUUGCAAUUCCAGAAGGGUUUCCAUUGGCUGUGACUCUAACUCUUGCUUACUCGAUGAAGAAAAUGAUGGCGGAUCAUGCCUUAGUUCGCAGGCUCUCAGCUUGCGAGACUAUGGGAUGUGCCACCAUAAUUUGUACAGACAAAACAGGUACUCUCACACUCAACCAGAUGAAGGUUGUGAAGUUUUGGAUUGAAAAGGAAAGCGUGGGAGAUGGUGCUACUUAUUCAUCAAUUCCCCAUAGUGUUCUUGAUUUGAUCCGAGAAGGGGUAGCAUUCAACACAACAGGAAGUAUUUGCAAACCUAAAUCAGGAUCAGGUCUUGAGUUUUCCGGCAGUCCUACUGAAAAAGCCAUUCUUUCAUGGGCUGCACUUGAGCUGAACAUGGACAUUGAUGAGUUGAAGAAGAUAUGUGUCAUUCAACAUGUUGAGGCCUUCAAUUCACAGAAGAAGCGGAGUGGGGUUUUGGUGAGAAGGAAAGCAGACAGUACAUUCCAUGUGCAUUGGAAAGGGGCUGCAGAGAUGAUAGUAGAAAUGUGCUCAAGUUACUAUGAUGCCUCUGGUGUUACUAAUGAUCUUGGUGAUAAUGAAAGGACGCAGUUGAAGGACAUUGUUCAAGGUAUGGCAGCAAGUAGUCUCCGAUGCAUUGCGUUUGCACACAAACAAGUUCAAGAAAGCAAGCACAAUGAUGGAAAAAAUAGCAACAUGCUAGAAGAGCACAACUUGAUCCUAUUAGGUCUGGUGGGUAUAAAGGACCCAUGUAGGCCAGGAGUGAGAGAGGCAGUAGAAACUUGCCAGUUCGCCGGGGUUCAAGUGAAACUGAUCACUGGAGACAAUGUGUUCACUGCUAAAGCCAUAGCUACUGAGUGUGGGAUACUGAGGCCGAAUGACCAGGAUGUAGUAAGGGAAGCAGUGGUAGAAGGUGAAGAAUUUCGAAACUACACGCCGGAGCAGAGAAUGCAGAGGGUUGAUGGAAUUCGUGUGAUGGCAAGGUCUUCACCAUUUGACAAGCUUCUGAUGGUGCAGUGCUUAAAACAGAAAGGGCAUGUGGUUGCUGUGACUGGUGAUGGCACAAAUGAUGCACCAGCGUUGAAGGAAGCUGAUAUAGGACUCUCGAUGGGGAUUCAAGGCACCGAAGUGGCCAAAGAGAGUUCAGACAUUGUGAUUUUAGAUGACAACUUUGCUACUGUAGUCACAGUAUUAAGGUGGGGAAGAGGUGUCUAUGCCAACAUUCAGAAGUUUGUGCAAUUCCAGCUCACAAUAAAUGUAGCCACUCUUGUAGUCAACUUUAUUGCUGCAGCUUCAGCUGGUGAAGUGCCUCUAACAGCAGUCCAGUUGCUGUGGGUGAAUCUGAUCAUGGACACAAUGGCUGCUCUGGCUCUUGCCACUGAUAAGCCAACCAAAGAGCUCAUGGAAAGGCCACCAGUGCUUCGAUCUGAGCCUGUGAUCACAUACGUCAUGUGGAGGAACGUUUUUGCACAAGCUCUAUUCCAAGUAGCUGUGCUCUUGAUCUUGCAGUUCAAAGGCACAUCGAUCUUUGGUGUAAGUGACAAAGUAAACAACACUAUGAUCUUCAACGUCUUUGUCUUGUGCCAAGUGUUCAAUGAAUUCAAUGCAAGGAGUGUUGAGAAGAAGAAUGUCUUCAAAGGAAUUCGAAAGAACAGGUUGUUCUGGGUGAUCGUUGGUAUAACCAUUGCAGUUCAGGUGGUUAUGGUGGAGUUUCUAACGAGGUUUGCAGAUACAGAGAGGUUAAGUUGGAGUCAAUGGGGUGCUUGCAUUGGAAUUUCAGCUAUAUCUUGCCCAAUCAGCUGGGUUGUCAAGUGCAUACCAGUUCCUGCAAAGCCAAUAUCCAGUUAUCUGAAGAAGGGUAAUACAAUCACAUCGUAGGUAGUGAACCAGUGAUGUUUGUAUUAACAG